CUCGACGCCUACCAUUCACCGCGCAGGCGCCGCCAUGGGCAUUGGAGUCGUUACGAGGUCGAAGAGGAGGAGAUUGGACGAGGAACAGCGCCUCGCCGACAGGAUCAGCAGCCUCCCCGACGACGUCCUCGGUGAAAUCGUGUCCCUCCUUCCCACCAGAGCCGGCGCCCGCACGCAGGUGCUCUCCUCCCGCUGGCGCCACAUCUGGCGCUCCGCUCCUCUCAACAUGGACCUCCAUCCCGACGGCCCUGAAUGGCGGCACAUGCCCGUCGAGCAGAUCAGGCGCGUGCUCUCGGCGCACCCGGGCCCCGGACGCCGCCUCUCGGUCCCCAGCAGAUUCGGCUACCUCCACUGGAUGGACGGCUGGCUUCGGUCCGCAGCCGCCCUAGGGCCUAGACAACCUCCAGGUGCUCGAACUGAACUCACACAGCCGUCGUCCUCAUCACUGGUCGGCCUUGCCCACGCGGCCGCUUCUGCCGCCAUCGGUGCACCGCUUCUCGUCCACCCUCCGCGUCGCCUGCUUCCGCGGCUUCGGGUUUCCGACCAGUGCCAAGGCCCAAGGCCCUCCCCUCAGCCAGUCCGCCUGCCGCGUCUCCAGCAGCUGACUCUCUCGGGCGUCACCAUCUCCGAGGGCUCCCUGCAUGCCAUGCUCGCUGGCGCCCCUGCCCUGCGGAGCCUGCUCCUGCUCGACAGCAACGGGUUUGCCCGACUGCAGAUAGCGUCCUGUAGCAUAGAAAACAUCGGCGUGCGUUCCCGGUGCAGAGGUGCUAAGCUACAACACCUCGUUCUGGAGGACACGCCGUCUCUGAAGAGAUUGCUACUGUUCGAAGGAACCAAUCACAUGGAUAUCUCGGUGGUCUCCGCGCCAAGAUUGGAUGUUUUUGGGAAACUCUGUGACGACGCCACCAAACUUAAGUAUAGCAGCGCCACGACGGAUCUUCAGGGAUCACCCACUGUUAGCGUGCUGCACAGUGUGAAGCUUCUAGCUUUGUCUAGUGUGAGGAUUUCGUUGCAUGCGCUGAUUGACUUGCUCAAGUGCGUUCCCCACCUGGAGAAGCUGUACAUCGAGGCAUCAAGUGUUUGUGUGAGAAAUGGAUCGUAUCAUAAAUACCGGAAGCACAUCGGCACCCUAUGCGUCCGUCUGAGGAGGGUCGUGCUAGGAGGGUACCUAGGCAGCAAGCCACACGUCAACGUAGCCAAAUUCUUCGUAUCGAUCGCGAGAGCGCUGGAGUCGAUGAGGCUCGAGUCAUGGGUAAUUAUAAGCAAAGCCUGGUUGGCGAGACAGCAUAGGCUGCAUGCUCAACAGCAGGAAGAGGGCGUCGUCUAGGGCUGCACGGUUCGAGUUCGUAGCUCAUAAAGCAAAAAUAUUCACCGGUUCAUCACUUGAUGAUCUGCGUGCUGAGCAGGUGCAUGAUCUGUCGACGGCCGACCCCCUUUUCAAAUGUGGUUUUAGGUCUCUGGUCUGAUAUUUGGUUUUGAUUUGACCUUUAAUUGCAUUGUGUUAUCUCUCUUUCCUAGAGACACUGUGAUUUUAUCAACCCGGGAAUUUGGUGCUAUUAUAUCACUAUCGAAAUCCGGGCCUUUGCCGAGUGUCAGCGGUUUUGCUGAGUGCUUUUUAUCGGGCACUCGACAAAGAAUACUUUACCAAGAGCCGCACUCGGCAAAGUCCUGCGCUCGGUAAAGAGCUUGUUUACCGAGUGUUGGACACUCGGCACAUAGAGACACUCGGCAAAUACUGCUUGCCGAGUGGCAAACACUCGGCAAAGACGACGCUCGGCAAAGGAUCGUUAGUGGCCGUCUACAGCUGACGGCCGUCAGCCUUUGCCGAGGGCCGA